CGCUUCGAGCUGUAGAUGACUGUCUAGUCGAUUUCCUUUCGCGUAGAUGAAGUUAACGUAAGCGUGGCUAAUCAAGGUACAAAGAGAAAAAUGAGCAGCUCAGAGGAGGUAUCGUGGAUUUCGUGGUUUUGUGGAUUACGAGGAAAUGAAUUUUUUUGCGAGGUUGACGAAGAUUAUAUACAGGAUAAAUUCAAUCUUACAGGAUUAAAUGAACAAGUGCCACAUUAUAGACAAGCUUUAGAUAUGAUUUUAGAUUUGGAACCAGACGACGAAUUAGAUGAUAAUCCAAACCAAUCUGACUUAAUCGAACAGGCUGCAGAAAUGCUUUACGGUUUGAUUCAUGCUAGGUAUAUAUUAACGAAUCGAGGUAUCGCCCAAAUGAUAGAAAAAUAUCAAUCUGGAGAUUUCGGUUAUUGUCCUAGAGUUUAUUGUGAAUCACAGCCUAUGUUACCCUUAGGUUUAUCUGAUGUCCCGGGUGAGGCUAUGGUAAAAUCUUACUGUCCAAAAUGUAUGGACGUAUAUACACCAAAAUCAUCUAGACAUCACCAUACGGACGGUGCUUAUUUUGGUACUGGUUUUCCUCAUAUGUUAUUUAUGGUACAUCCUGAAUAUAGACCUAAACGUCCUACGAAUCAAUUUGUUCCUAGGUUAUUCGGCUUCAAAAUUCAUCCUCUGGCAUAUCAGCUUCAGCAACAAGCUGCCUCGACGUUCAAGACCCCAUUGAGGACUCUCAACUUCAACAACGGCAAACGUUGAAAACCAAAAUCUUGAACACUUAUUAAAUUAUAACCGAGUGGUCUGUACAAUAUAGUUUAAAUGGUUUUUUGUUUGAAGGAAUUACAUUUUUCUGUUGAGUGUUUUACUUGUUUUCUAGUUAAUGUAUUAUUUUUUUUCGUAAGUGUACGUUGAACAUUCUCGCAAUAUCAUUUCCAAUAAACUGUACAGUAAACGAGAUAUAUUCCUUCAGUGAUGGUAAAAUUUUGCAGUUUUACUAGAAAUUAGGUAAAUUUUCACCGGUUUAAAUACACUGAAAAAAAUAUGUGGUGCUACUCGAUGAAUAUUGGAAGAUAUUGAUGCCCGGAUAAUAUUUUUUUGAACCUACGAUGACAAUUUUUGGUUUUCGAUACAUGUUAUCUUCUCUCCGGUAAAACACAUCCAUUUUGGCGUAUUUUUUUUCACCGAAACUCCAAUUCUAGUUCUCCAAUUUGAUUUCUGGAUUCGAAACUAAAUUUUAGCUCUCUAAUUCUAGUUUUUGUUCCAUUUCUGGAUGCAAUAGUAUAUCAUUCUCAAUACUAGCUCUUACUGCUUGGUCCUUUUGUGAUUUCGGGAUGCAGUAUUGAAAAUUCAGCAAGUUCAUACCUUUUAGACUGUUAUAAAGGUCUAGAACUCACUUCUAGCUCUCAUAGUUUGAUCCUUUUCGAUAUACGGAUGCAAUAUCAAGAAUUCAGAACUCUGAGAGCUGCUAAGUUGACAUUAAAUUCAAUUCAAGUUCAUAAUGGUUAUUCCUCUUUUAUAUCUGGAUGCAGUUUCCAGAAUUCAGGACCUUGAGAGUUCCUAUGUUGUCAUUUGGGUCAAUUUAAUUGAGAAUUCAGCAAAUUUGGAGCCGAUGCAUAAUCAUUAUGGUAUCUAGCUCAAUUUUAUUUCAUCCCCUUCCAUUUUCUAACGCAGUAAUCACAUUUUGGAACCUAUAAAGCUUCUAAUUUGUCAUUUGGGUCAAUUUAAUUGAGAAUUCAGCAAAUUUGGAGCCGAUGCAUCAUCAUUAUGGUAUCUAGCUCAAUUUUAUUUCAUCCCCUUCCAUUUUCUAACGCAGUAAUCACAUUUUGGAACCUAUAAAGCUUCUAAUUUGUCAUUUGGGUCAAUUUAAUUGAGAAUUCAGCAAAUUUGGAGCCGAUGCAUCAUCAUUAUGGUAUCUAGCUCAAUUUUAUUUCAUCCCCUUCCAUUUUCUAACGCAGUAAUCACAUUUUGGAGCCUAUAAAGCUUCUAAUUUGUCAUUUGGGUCAAUUUAAUUGAGAAUUCAGCAAAUUUGGAGCCAAUGCAUAAUCAUUAUGGUAUCUAGCUCAAUUUUAUUUCAUCCCCUUCCAUUUUCUAACGCAGUAAUCACAUUUUGGAACCUAUAAAGCUUCUAAUUUGUCAUUUGGGUCAAUUUAAUUGAGAAUUCAGCAAAUUUGGAGCCGAUGCAUCAUCAUUAUGGUAUCUAGCUCAAUUUUAUUUCAUCCCCUUCCAUUUUCUAACGCAGUAAUCACAUUUUGGAGCCUAUAAAGCUUCUAAUUUGUCAUUUGGGUCAAUUUAAUUGAGAAUUCAGCAAAUUUGGAGCCGAUGCAUCAUCAUUAUGGUAUCUAGCUAAAUUUUAUUUCAUAUCCUUCCAUUUUCUAACACUGUAAUCACAUUUUGGAACCUAUAAAGCUUCUAAUUUGUCAUUUGGGUCAAUUUAAUUGAGAAUUCAGCAAAUUUGGAGCCGAUGCAUAAUCAUUAUGGUAUCUAGCUCAAUUUUAUUUCAUCCCCUUCCAUUUUCUAACGCAGUAAUCACAUUUUGGAACCUAUAAAGCUUCUAAUUUGUCAUUUGGGUCAAUUUAAUUGAGAAUUCAGCAAAUUUGGAGCCGAUGCAUCAUCAUUAUGGUAUCUAGCUCAAUUUUAUUUCAUCCCCUUCCAUUUUCUAACGCAGUAAUCACAUUUUGGAACCUAUAAAGCUUCUAAUUUGUCAUUUGGGUCAAUUUAAUUGAGAAUUCAGCAAAUUUGGAGCCGAUGCAUAAUCAUUAUCGACCGAUAAACAAAUAUAGCCAGUGCUUCGGUUAGAAUGCAUUUAAACUUAAAUCUGACUCAGAUUGUGAUCGUAAAAUAAUAAAUGUGCUUCGUUGGUCUUAUAUUUCGGUGGGAAAUCGAAGUUACCAACAGUCUCUGAUCUAAUUUCUAGUAAAAUUUCAAAGCUUUUCAAUGAUAAAAAAAUUCCAUCGGACAAAACAAAAUAGACCAGCCGAAAUUAUUUUUUUAAUAGGUAGAAUUUAGUAUAAUUAUUUAUGUUUGUUACGAGCUACCUUGUUCUCAAUAUACAGAGUGUUUCACUAUUACGUACCGCGACGUGUGUUAAUAGCAAAUCUGUUUUCCGACGAUUAUUUUUGUUUGAAUAGGUCAAUUGAUAUUGGAUAGCUCUGUAAGAAAUUUUAAGUUUAAGUAAAUUAUACACUGAA